AUGGACGCCCUCCGGCAGCAAGGCCGUCGUCUCGAUGCAUACCUGGCGGACUCCAAGUUCGGCCGCCUGUUUCGCCUGGACGGCUCUGGCCAUGUCGACGAGAUCCCGGAUGCUCAGUUCCUGACUGAGGUGCGCGCUGGCGUGACCACCUUUUUCACCAUGGCCUACAUCAUUGCUGUCAAUGCCACCGUCUUGACCGACUCCGGCGGCACAUGCGAGUGCCGCGAUGCCAGCGACCCAACCUGCGCCAAUGACCAGGACUACCAAACCUGCCUCAUCGGCCUGAAUCGUGACCUCAUCACCGCCACCAGUGCCAUUUCCGCCUUCGCGUCUUUCUUUUUCGGCCUCAUCACCAACUUGCCCGUCGCCUUGGCCCCUGGCAUGGGCCUCAAUGCCUACUUUACCUAUCAGGUAGUCGGCUUCCACGGAACUCGCCUUGUUCCAUAUGGCUUGGCCCUGACCGCCGUCUUCGCCGAGGGCUUCAUUUUCAUUCUACUGUCUCUCCUAGGAAUGCGCCAAUGGCUGGUCCGCAUGCUCCCAACCUCUUUGAAGGUUGCCGCUGCCUGCGGAAUAGGUCUCUUUCUCGCCGAGAUAGGAUUGUCGUAUAGUGCAGGAAUUGGCGCCAUCUCUGGCGCCAGUGCUACUCCCUUGGAUCUCGCCGGCUGUCCUCCAGAGUACAGGGAUGAGUUUGGCGAGUGUCAGAGUCACAAGAUGCAGAAUCCGACACUGUGGAUCGGCCUAUUCUGCGGUGGAAUCCUGACGGCGUACCUGAUGUCGUAUAAGGUGAAAAGCGCCAUGAUUAUUGGAAUCUUGGUUGUCUCCAUCAUCUCUUGGCCGCGCGGCACUUCUGUCACCUACUUCCCGGAUACUCCCGAAGGUGAUAGCCAAUUCGACUUCUUCAAGAAGGUAAUAACUUUCCACCCCAUCGAGCAGACUCUCAAUGCACUGGACUGGAAUAUUUCGCGCGCGCCCGGUGAAUUCGCCCUCGCACUUUUUACCUUCCUAUACGUCGAUAUCAUCGACUGUACUGCAACUCUGUACACGGCCUAUUGCACCGAUGCUUUCAGCAUCAGUGUCGGGGCCCUAUUCGGUGUAAGUCCCGUGACAGCCUUCAUCGAAUCGGGUGCUGGCAUCGCUGAGGGAGGCAAAACUGGCCUUACCGCCAUGACGACUGGUCUCUGCUUUUUCAUUUCGCUCUUCUUCGCUCCGAUCUUCGCCUCGAUCCCGCCGUGGGCCACUGGCUGCACACUCGUCCUGGUCGGCGCCAUGAUGGUGCGCCAGGUCGUCGCCAUCAACUGGCGCUACAUCGGCGACGCCGUACCCGCCUUCGUCACCAUCAUCUUCGUGCCCAUGUCGUACAGCACCGCGUACGGCAUGAUCGCCGGCAUCCUGACCUACGUCGCCAUCAACGUGCCCAUCGCGCUAACCCGCAUCAUCUCGCGCGGCCGCAUCACCCCCGCGGACGAGGACGCACGCGAGUACUGGAACUACAAGCCCACCGGCUCGUCGCCGUGGUUCGUCAACACCAUCAGCAACGCCUUCGUCCGCUUCGGCCACCACGGCGAUGAGGCAGGGCACAAAGCCCGCGAACUCGAGUCGAGAGGCUCGCACGAGAUGCAGAAGCAUCUCCGACAUCAAACUCACGGAUCCUUAGGCGACGAGUCCAUCGACAUCAAGGUCGGAGACGCAGGCUUCGACCGCCACAAGCACGAUCCCAGCUUCAGCGUGAGCUUCCCCAUGAAGACGUACCCUGGCGUGCGGAUGCCCCCCAUGUCAGACGACAGGGAGCCGGACGUCGAGCGCUUCGAUCUGCGCCAGUUCCGCGUCGCACCGUCGGACCGAAUUUGA